AUGACAGACGUCGAUGCCUUUAGGGACGCGGAAUACAUCGCUGACGUGUCCGGCAUAUCCUAUGACGAUGGGGAGCCACCGAUACCGACAGGCACGCUCAGCAGCCAAAACCUCCGCGUGAAGAAAGUACAGUCGGCUGCCAAAGUUGCCUUCAUCGAUAGAUUAAUGCGCGAUCUUGACAUAUUCAUUUAUUGUCAACUCUCCGCCUUGUAUUACAUGGAUUGUUCGAUUCUACUCUUCGCAUUACGUGCCAUAAUUCAAUUGAUCUUGUUCACCCCGAAAGCGCCCCCCUUUGAACCUACACGCAACCAACCAUUCAUCGGCGGCAUCCUCACCAGUAACUUGAUAUGCAUAUUCUUCCAUGCCUUCUUCAUUCGCCCAGAAGCUGGUGAGGAAACUCGGGGCUAUCUCCAUGGAGGAUUGUUUAUCGAUUUCGUCGGGCAAGUCCCCGUUUCGACCUUGCGGCUUCUGUCAUUCGACCUCCUCAUCUUCCUCGUCGAUAUCGUUAUGCUGGCCUUAACCAUCGAGCGGGUCAAUAUCACCGGGACUUCGACUCCAGCUUCUUCAGAUCCGUCCCCUGCAAAUGCGGAUUCGAGUCAAGAGACCACAGUAUCCCAGUCGCAAGACCAUGAUGCCGAAGAGCGCGGAGUCUUACGGCAAGAAGACGGCCAUGAAACAUCGCCUCAUACGCAUGACAGUACGGAAUCAUCCCCGCAUAGUAGCAUUGAUGAGGAAGCUGAAGAAGAGCGUACAAAUCUCCUGGCGGAUCCCGCAGAUAUCCAAUCUCCAAUCAUUGCCCGAGGAUGUCACCCUAUGGAUACAUUUGCAUCUGGCGAGGCCAUUAUUGCCAACGUGCGAUUAUUCGGUACUUUAAGAGAUCAAUGGCGCUAUUACAAGAGCCUUACUACACGGCAGACAACAGGAUUCACUCCCACGACAGAGACAGCGACUUUCCUCCGUCAGCGUUUCGGUCUCCAGGUUGGGACUGACGGUCGCAUUGAACGUAUCGAUACAUGA